GGAAGGUGUCCGCCAGCAGCAUCCUGGCCAGCGCUCCCUCGGACAAAAACCUGGACACUUGGCGGGAUUUGGGGUGCCGGACCACACGCUGCAACGUGGAGGUGCUGCAGGAGAGCACCUUGGUCUUCCUCGCCACCAAACCCCACGUCCUGCCGGGGGUCCUGCAGGAGAUCUGUCCCGCUGUGGGACCCCACCAUGUCAUUGUCUCGCUGGCAGCCGGCAUCAGCCUCCAGACCCUUCAGCAGUUUCUCCCCACCGGGACCAAGGUGCUGCGGCUCAUGCCCAACCUGCCCUGCGUGGUGCAGGCAGGGGCAAUGGUCUUCGCUCGGGGCGGUGGCGCCGGUGAUGGGGAAGUCGCCCUCUUGAAGGACCUGCUGUCCUCCUGCGGACUCUGCGAGGAGGUCCCUGAAGCCUACAUCAACAUCCACACCGGCCUUAGUGGCAGUGGGGUGGCCUACGUCUACCUGUUUGCCGAAGCAUUGGCCGAGGGAGCAGUGAAGAUGGGCAUGCCAGGAGGCUUAGCCAACAGGAUCGCGGCUCAGACAUUGCUGGGUGCAGCAAAGAUGAUGCUGGAGACGGGGGAGCACCCGGCGAAGCUGCGAGGAGACGUCUGCACCCCUGGGGGCACCACCAUCUAUGCCCUGCACCAGCUGGAGAAGGGCGCACUGCGAGCCACCGUCAUGGACGCUGUGGAGGCAGCCACCAAACGGGCAUGGGACCUGACCAAGGACUAG